UAGCAACAGCCUGUGACUUUUCAUUUUUACUUAAUUUCAAUCAAUCCUUCGAAAUUCAUAUCAUUUCCUUUUUUUUUUUUGCUGCCUUGCGACGCCAUUCGUGAUUUAUCGCAGCUCUCUCAGAUGACCAACCGGUCCAGCGAAAUGUCGUCCACGACGAAAGAGGUUUUGAACAGGGUGCGCCAGAUGGUGCCGCCCAUGCUCGAGAAGUUUCACAAAGGUCAGUUAGGUCGUGUGGCCGUCAUCGGCGGCAGCGAAGACUACACGGGGGCGCCGUACUUCUCUGCGAUGGCAAGUGCUCGGUUAGGAUGCGAUAUGUCACACGUCAUCUGCACACCUGGCGCUGGCGCCGUCAUCAAGACAUACAGCCCAAACCUAAUGGUGCACCCGCUGAUGCGGCAAUCCCCCUCUCCCGGGUCCUCAGAUAAGCAGGAGGACCCAGAGCAAGUCGCAGGCGGCAUCAUAGACAUGCUAUCGCGGCUCCACGUGCUCGUCAUCGGGCCCGGUCUCGGCCGCGACCCCCUCAUGCACGACAUCUGCGCGCGCGUGUUAGCCGCUGCCCGCGAGCGCAAGAUGCCCGUGGUCCUAGACGCCGACGCCCUCGCCAUCGUGACCAAGUCCCCCGAGAUCGUCAUGGGAUGGCGCGAGGUCGUCUUAACUCCGAAUGUGGUCGAGUUCGGGCGCCUCUGGAAAGGCAUCUUCCCGGACAAGGAAGACCGAGGCAGUCAGGGGGCAGAGGAAGCCAAGCAGGUCGAGGCUCUUUCGAAGGCACUCGGUGGAGUCACGAUAGUGCAGAAGGGCGGGAAGGAUCUCAUCAGCAACGGCGAGACGACGCUCGUGGUCGAUCUGAUGGGCGGGUUGAAGAGGUCGGGCGGUCAGGGCGAUACGCUUACUGGUAGCAUUGCUACGUUCCUUGCUUGGCGGAAGGCGUAUAUGGAUGGGCUCUGGGACCAUGGUGGUCGGCUGAAGGAGGCGGAGACGUUGGGUCUUGCGGCAUUUGGUGGUGCUUGUAUCACAAGGGAAUGCUCCCGUCUUGCUUUCGAGAAGCAUGGCCGGAGUCUACAAGCGAGCGACUUAACGGAGCAGGUUCACGUUGCCUUCAUGAAUAUCUUCGGCGAGUCGACGAGUUAGAACACAAAACGCCUCACAUCUCUGAGAAUUUGUCGUAGAUCAUUGACGCAAUGGCCGCCGGAUGAUUUAUAGCUCUUUGAAUACCAAGAUGAA